AUGCCAAGCAGGCCGCUCCAGCUGGCCGAGGAGGCGCUUCGCAGUGUGCUGGACGAAACGGUCGAUAGCGUAGAGCACCUUAACUACUUCAUCCGUAUCGCUCUGCCCAAGAUCGUCAAGAGCCUUCUAACUCGGAGAGACCUGAGUGGGAACAUCAGGGUCCAUUUCAACAACUACCUCAUCCACAUCAAAGAAGUGUCGCAAGUCCUCUGUAUUUUGACUCAGCCCGAUCAGGACUUCUACCAGCUCUCCAAGCGACCUGACAAGGAACACUACCCGAAGAUCAUGGAGAAAGUCCGCGAGUAUUUUGCCAAGAACGAGGUGGUCCCUGCGAAGGACAGAGAGCUCUCUUGGCAGAGCGAUUUUGUGUACAUCAACCCGAAAGGAGAGCCUCUUUCUACGCAUUACCUGAUCAGCGUGGAGUAUUUUGGCAAGCGAGGAGGCUUUGACGCCAUCAUGGACAGACUACUAGACAAGGAGAACAAGCCCCCUCUGCCCAUAAUCGAACUCCUCCUCAGGGCGAUCGUAUAUACCAGCAAGGUCUUGCGGAGAGAUUUUGUGAAGGAGUACGUGCCAAAGGUCCAGCAGGCCAUCUUCCAUCAGCUGUUGGAGGCGACGCAAGUGGAAAUGAAGAAGGACGCCAAGACGUCCUUCAAGGACAUCUCCAAGUCGCUGAAGGCUCUGCUGGGGCUCAUCAUGCCGCCGGAGGAGAUUGACAAGGUCAUCGAAGGCUUCAACUUGGACGCUGCGUUGAUGUCUCUCAAGUCCAACGUGCUGGAGCGAAGGCUGAACGGCCUCAAGCUGAUCAGGAAGAUGAUCGCCCGCGCGACGCCCAAGGACGACAAGAAGUCUUCCCUGGCUUAUUUUUGGAACAAGACCAAGCAGGCGACUGCUGCGGUGGCCACGGCCGCUGUGGCGCCGGGCUAUGGCGGAGUAGCACAGGGCCAAGACGGCGAGAAGAAGGAGGUGGAGGAGAAGCCGAUCGACCCCAACUUUGUUCUCUCGUGGUUGCUGGACAACGAAAUCCUCAAGCUUCUCUUCACCAACACGCACGUGGAGCUCAUCCGCCAGUCGCUGGGCAUCCUCAACUUCCUCGUGAGCAAGAACAAGCUGGCCGUGGAGGACCUCGACAUGCUCUGGGAAGCCUCUCUCGGGCGACACGAGUCCGAGAAGCGGGUCAUUUUCGAGACCAUCGUGAGCCUGGGCCAGAACCUGCCCUACAAGACCAUCGACCACAUUUUCUCGCGGAUUAUGGAGACGCCCAUCAACGGGUACGACGCCGAGACCGUCAUCCUGGUCCACGAUUUCACGGUUAUCGGCGUCAAGGCCAACAACUCGGGGAAGAAGAACUGGUACGGCAUGGACGUCCUGUGGAAGCUGGCCAUGCAAGAGGGCGAGGGCAUCCAGGACGCGUUGGCCACCUGUGCGUUUGACAACCUGGUCGAGCUACUCAAGCUCGAACUUGUCGCGCCGGUGCGGACCACCUACACCGAGCGUUGUGCCGAGAACCUCAUGAAGAGCGUCUGCAUGCCGCAGUCUCUCGAGCUUCUCAUCAAAAUCGUCGAAACCAACCCCAAGAAGGGAAGGAAGAAGGUGGUGGACGCGCUGGCGCGCAAGUACAAGCUCCUCGACGCGUUCUUUGCCGACUUGCAGAAGUACAAGCGAGAGGUGCACAGUGCCGAGGAGAGCGAGGACGACGGAGGCAAGAAGAAGAAAAAGAAGAAGAAAAACAAGGGUCGCGUGGUCCUGAUGCGAUACCCACACAUGCAACAGAUCAAGAUACGGCUUUCGUUCCUCGAGUUCCUGCUUGUCAACUCGUCGUCCACCUUGACGGCUGCCCAGGUCGACGUGCUCUGGGACAACUUGAUCACGAACGCUCUCGUCCCCGAAGAGCGAGAGGCCUGUUUCGCGUGGCUGGAGAAAUCCAGCGCCAACAAGCCCGAUGGCUUUGUGGCAUUCGACGAGUCGGUCAUCCAGCACCUGUUCGUGGACAAGAUGGCGCAGAUGGAUUGCACGCUCCUCAACCAGGCAGGUUUCAACGUGUUCCACCGCUACUUCCUGGCCAUCAACGAAAAGAAGGACAGGCUCAAGCGGGUGGACAAGGCCACCGACGAGCUCUACGUGGCCUCGCCCGACCUCAUCGGCAUUGACAACCUCUGGCAGAUUGCGCUCGACGCUCAGGACGUCGAGGUGUCACAAGCGGCCAUUCGUACCCUCAACGAGUUGCACCAAAACGUGAGCGGCGAAAGCCUGAAGGCCAAGGUGGGCAAGAUCAGGGAAGCCUACAUCGGCGUGGCGAUGUCACAUCUGUCGAAGGAGGCCGCCACACUGAAGCCUGACUCUCCUGCUCCGCAUGGCUCGCAGCAGCGCAUUCAGCGAUGUCUCACCCUUCUCAAGACCUUUGUGGAAGACUUCGACGCCCGCGGUCGCAAGGCGGCGGCAGUGAGCGCGGCUACGAGCGCGGCCUCUGCCGCCCAGGCGGGUGCCCCCCCGCAGGCUGGUGGCACCGUAAGCGGACCCAGCGGCACCCUUGUGACGCGCCGAGGCGCCGACAUGGGUCCGCCAAUCUCGUUCUACGUGAAGACUGACCUCAAGCCCUCCUUCACCGUGCAUCUGAGGAGCCGCGACACGCUGGGCGCGCUCAAGCGCAAGGUGAGCCAGAUUGUCGAGCGCCCGCCCGAACUGCUGUCGGUCUUCAUCUUUGAGACGCGCGAGCUGCAUGACGACGACAAAACCUUCUACGAGUACAAGAUCGGAGAUGGAUACACGAUUUUCGUCAAGCUGCGCGAGCGUGUGGGCGAGGUGAGAAAGAAGCCCAAGAAGAGCAAGAGCGCCGACACCAAGGGCAAGAAGCCCGGUGGCCAGAGCUCCGUCGUACAGGAGGAGGUCAACGAGGGCGUGCCGAUCGAUGCCCUCAUUUUCGAGUUCCUGCAGAUGCAGCUGGGCGCGCUCGGACUGCAGACCAAUCGCCACAUGACCGUCGUCUCGGCGCCCAACGCGCAGCCUACCACCAUGAUGGGCAGCGUUGCCAACGCUAUCGGUAUGGGUACCACUUCAUCGUCGCUAUCACCCAACGCCGCGGCCUCCUCGUCCACCCUCACCGCCGACAAAAAGAAGAACAGCAAGAGCGCGUCGUCGGAGACUUUGAACAAGGCCAAGGCCGAGAACGUGCAUCACCCGGCGCGAAUUCUGGCGAGCGAGGGCAACUUCGAUCGUCUGUACGAUCUUCUGGACUACGGCAACGAUAUCGGCCGCCAGGUGUGGGAGCUGAUGAACCUACUCCCCACGAACCAAAAGAUCCUGCAGCAAUUCAGGAGCGCCGAUUUUGAUUGGGAUGCGCUGUUCAACCCCAAGCACCUGUACAAGCUGAUCUACUCGCUCGAUGUUGUGGGCAAGCUGAUCACCCCUCUCGAUAGCGACUCGGUACACAUCCGGCACCGCUACUGCGCUGUGCUGCACAGCACGGUCGAUGUCGAGAGCAUCGGCAGGUUUGUAUCGCUGGGCGGGGGCAAGCACCUGGUGCGCCUUUUCAUGUCCAUCGAAAACGAUCCCUCGAACCCCGGCCAGCGCGCCGUAUUCGCCUCUCUCCUGCGUAUCAUCAACGCGAUCACACUCAGCGGCAAAGAGCAAGAGGGAAGCAAGGCGCAGGUGAACCUGGAGCUCUUCGCCAAUGUCAAGCUCAGCGAAAUGGUGAACAAGCUGCUUCAAGUCAUUUCAUCCGCCGCAGCUGAGUCGAAGCAGGAGCCUCUGGAGAAGGAGGAGCCAACUGAGUCGCAGCGUCGCGACGACCCCAUGUCGGCCUCGGCGACCGUGGAGGUCGGAGGCGCCGAGACCGUGAUCGCCACGCCCUCGGCUACCCUUCCGUCGCCGCGAUCGCCCCUCGACAAUUCCACCGCCCUCAGCUCGGGCGAGGUCGUCAAGCACGCCCUGGACCUCCUCGUCACCUUUGUCAUCGCCAAGGUGGAGCUGUUGGAGCAGCUGUACGACUACGAGAAGCAGGACGGGUGGGUGGAGCGACUGCUGUUGGCCGCACCCGUGCGUAAGAUCCGGCAGGCCGCGGCCAACGACAUGCUCCGCCUCUCGCAGCAGGUCGAGAGUGAGGCCCUGCAGAAGCUCGGAGCCGAGCCGCCCGCCAAGCACUUCCUCGAGGCCCUCCUGUCCAUCUUGCCCGGCAUCACCUCCUACUCAGCCACCUGCCAGCAGUACUUCUCGCUGUUGCGCGGCCUUCUGAAAAAUGACAAGGCCGGCGUAGACGCCCAAAUGGCGGGCAAGCUGCUCCACGACCUGCUCCUCCAGAUUCGACUCGCGCCAGUUCGUGAGAGCUCCGGCAACGGACCUGUUGAUGAGGUCAUCAUCGGAAUGCUGGGAAUCGUCCGCGGUCUCAUUCGCAAAUACCCGGAGCUCAAGUCUGAGUGCACCAAGGACAAGGGCGGGCUUGUGGGCCAAGUGUUCGAGCAGUGUCUCUUUGCCUUGCCCACGGCGGAGGAGCACGGACCCACCGCGCCUCCCAAGUGCAAGACUGCCGAAUCUCGCACAGCGGCCUUCUCGCUCCUCACUGAACUGGCCAAGGACAAUGAGGAGUGCUUCCGCGAGCUCGUCGCGCUGUUGAACUCUCAGCUCAACAAGGUUGAGCCCAACGGCUGGUGGAUGGUGGGUGGUCGCUUGCCGCGAAGCAAGUACGGCUACGUGGGCCUGCAGAACCAGGGCGCGACGUGCUACAUGAACUCCCUCAUGCAGCAGCUCUUCCUCAUCCCGCGCUUCAGGCAGGGCAUCCUUCUCGCCGACGACAACUCGGCGGACAAGAGCGAUUCUCUGCUGUACCAGAUGCAAGUGCUCUUCUCCAACCUGAUGAAGAGCGUCAAGCGUUAUUACGACACCAUCGAGUUCUGCGCGGCGUACAAGGACUAUGACGGCAAGCCUGUGAACACGGGACAGCAAAUGGAUGCCAACGAGUUCUUCAACAACCUGUUCGCCAAGCUGGAGGACCACCUUAAGGGGUCCGAGGAAGAAAAGCUCCUGAGCGAUGUGUUUGGCGGCGAGCUCUCGAACCAGCUCAUCCCCAAGGAGUGCACCCAUCGGUCCGAGCGGCUGGAGCCCUUCUACAGCUUGUCGAUCGAAAUCAAGAACAAGAAGGACAUCGAGGAGUCGCUCAAGCUGUUCAUCGCUGGCGAGAUGCUCCAGGGCGAGAACAAAUACAAGUGCGAGAUUUGCCAGAAGGGCCGCGACACCCUGAAGCGAUGUUGCAUUGCGAAACUGCCGCGCAUCAUGAUGCUGCAUCUCAAGCGCUUCGAGUUCGAUCUGGAGAAGAUGCGGAACGUCAAGUUGAACGAUCGCUGCGAGUUUCCGAUGUCGCUCAACAUGGAGCCCUACACGAAGGAGUACAUCGGCCGGCAGGAGCUGGACGCUGCCAACCUGCGCAUGAGCCAGGACCGAGACGACGACGACGUGCCUCGCUACCCGCCCGAAUACUACGAGUACCAGCUCGUGGGCAUCGUGGUGCACCAGGGCAGCGCCGACUCGGGUCACUACUACUCGUUCAUCAAGGAGCGCGUGCCGUUGGAAGAGUCGCGAGAGGCUGCGUGGUUCGAGUUCAACGACACCAACGUGAUUCCGUUCAGCGCGGAUCGUAUCCCCUACGAGUGCUUCGGCGGCGAGGAGGAGGUGAUGGUCUACGAUCGGGAGAAGGGCACAGCCAAGAAGGCCAUGCGCCCGAAGAUCAAUAACGCCUACAUCCUCGUCUACGAGCGUAAGGACGUUGACCUCAACGACUGGGCGAAGCGGCAGCUCGAGAAGGAAGAGCGGAAGAAGGGCAAGAGGCGCAACAAGGCGGAGCCGUCGGAAUCCAACGAGAAGGACGGUAAUCCCAACAAGGCCGCCGACCAGGAGAGCGACGACGAAGCGGCCGUCGGCGGCGUGGCGGACAACAGCGGAAAUGAGUCCGAGGAUUCGCGCUCGGAGCCUUUCAUGACCCCGUCCCACUCGGCCUCGUCGCUGGUCGACAUCGAGAACGCGGCCGCCAUGAUGAGCCCCAAGGGCGAGCGCGACGACAAGAAGGAGGAGACACGGCCCGAGUCACCGGAGAACGGCCCCGGAACCAACGGCGAGGAAGGCAACAAGCACGAGGGCGCGGCGACCGAGCUGGUGGUGGCUGUCUCGCAGGAGAAGCCCGCGUCGCCCGACGCCCAGCCGAUGCCCGUGCAGCAGGUGUUCUCCGGCGGCGAGAUGGCCAAGUCGCCAUCCUUCCUCGCCCUGCUCUUCCUCGGCAAGCUGGCCAACGUUGUCAAGAAGAAGCAACGAGAGGAAGAGCUCAAGCGUCGCCGCGAACAGCAGAAGAGGUUCCGCCAGGGCCUCUCCUCCUCGGUCAUCCCGGAAGAGAUCAUGAACUAUGUGUGGGAGGAGAACCGGGUAUUUUUGACCGAGAAGUACGCUCACGACGAUGACUUCCUCAAGUUUGUGUGGGACGUGACGCAUCUCUACAACGGGACGGAGAACAAGGGCGAGCCGACCAUGGCGACGGUCCAGUUCACCACGCGCUUCAUGAUCGAGAUUGGGUCGCGCACCCGCACCGACACCCACAUGUUCGACGUCUGGGUGCAGCACCUGAAGCGGCUGUACACCGACAACCACGAGGCGUGCCGCUGGCUCCUGACCAUGCUGAGCAAGGACGACGACAAGUUCGUGUCGCUCCUGCUGCACUGCCCCAUGGAACGGGUCCGACGCGCCUUCGCCUCGAUCAUCCUGCACGCCAUGCACCAGCUUCUCCCGCAGGAGCGACACCUCUACCCGCGCUACAUCGCCAUGCAGGCCAGCGAUAGCGAUGAUGAAAAGGGCGAGGAGGACAAGCUCGGGACGCCAAGGAAGGACAAGGGGAAGGGGAAGGAAAAGGGCGACGGCGACGGUGUCCAGGACGAGGAAUCGCCGGCGGUGCUCCAGUUCGUCGAGUUCCUCAUCUCGUUGCUGAAGACCGUGCGCAGGAACCUGCGGCACUCGGCGCAGUACUUCAAUCUCCUCUACGACUUCGUGCUCACCAGCCUGGAAGAGAAGAAGUACUUCCUCGCUCGCCACAUCGUCCGCGAGUACAUCGAGUUCUACCUGCAGACGGGCAAAUUCGCACCCGUCGCCCUCCGACGCGGAACCAAGGACGAGGCGAGGCGCUAUCGACCCACGGCCGGCGGGCAGACGUCGACGGCGUCGGCAACGAAGAUGAACGCGCCCAGCCUGGCGGGGCUGGUGCAGACCAUCGCCGUGUUGGUCCGCCACACGGACCCCCGCAACGAGAAGGGCUCGCUGCCACCCACUCAGUACGACCCCGAGAACGUACUCGAGUUGCCCAACAAGGACCGCGACCUGCUCAUCAACUCGGCGUUCAUUAUCCGGCUCAUUAAGGACGGGGCCGACCCGCUGGCCACGAUCGAUAUCCUCAAGCACUACUCGUGGGAGGACCGCAAGAGGUCGAAGAUGUUCUUGGUCGACAUCAAGGACGUCCUCAACAAAGCCUCGUCCGAACAGCUCCGGCUCUACUUCCGCAUCAUCAAGCAUCUCUUGCUCAUUCAGGACUCAUCGCAAGAUUGGAGAAUCGAGUAUGCUCUCGUGGCGCUGCACAAGUCCCUCGGCCACAGCAGCAUAACGAACAAGGAAACGGUGGGCGCCUGCAUCAAGUUCAUUCAGAAGCUGUCGGAGAAGAACGACAAGGUCAAGGCGUGGCUGGUCAAGAACAAGACCAUCUCCAACGAGAUCGUCGAGCACCACCAGCGGUUGAUUCAGGCCGAGAAGGAGAAAGAGGCCGCCGCCUCCGGAACCGGCGGCUCGCGCUCCGCCUUCUCGUUGGCCAAGACCCUGCACAAGUAG